UCCGCCGCCGCCUCCGCGCUACAGAUACUUGGGUGUGGAGCAGUCACGGUGGCGUGGAGCCGUCCUGUGCACUGCGAGAGGUUCCGCCGCAUCCCAGCCGCUACCCUCUGGACGCCAGCAAACUCCCACCCUCCAGCUAGGCUGCCCCAAACGCCUCCAGACGCCGGCAGAGGCCCCCAAAUCGGCGGGUAGAGGACGCUGCCCUGUAGGAUGCUACGAGCAAGGAUGAGCCUGGUGCACCCUGUUUCUGUCUGCUGAGAGGCACUCACCAUCCCCGUUGCUGCUCACGGUGGUCUCGGUAAUAUAAGGUCUGGAGGACAGUCGCCCAAGGCCAUCUGAAAUUGUUGUCACUGAAGAUGAGGACGCUUUUGCUUCUGCUGCUGUUCAUCUAUGAGGCCCGGAGCCAUGCGGUGUCAACGCCCAACUUCGUCCUGCUGAUGGCCGACGACCUUGGCAUUGGGGAUCCUGGCUGCUAUGGAAACAAGACCCUCAGGACUCCCAAUAUCGACCGCUUGGCCAGAGGGGGAGUGAAGCUCACGCAGCACCUGGCAGCAUCACCCCUGUGCACACCCAGCAGGGCGGCCUUCAUGACGGGCCGGUAUCCCAUCCGCUCAGGAAUGGCAUCUCGGUCCCAAGUGGGAGUUUUCGUCUUCUCCGCCUCUUCGGGAGGACUUCCCCACAGUGAGAUUACGUUCGCCAAGCUCCUGAAGAAUCAAGGCUAUUCCACAGCUCUGAUAGGGAAGUGGCACCUUGGCACCAGCUGUCACAACAGAACGGACCUCUGCCACCACCCCUUGAGCCAUGGCUUCGACUAUUUCCACGGGCUGCCCGUGACCAACCUGCGGGACUGCAAGCCGGGAGAAGGCAGCGUGUUCACCAGGGCCUUAAGGCUGCUGGUCUUCCUCCCCCUGCAGGUCAUCGCCAUCACGCUGCUGACCCUGGCCGUGCUCAGGUGCCUGGGGCUCAUCCAGGUUCCCCCCUGCAUCUUCUUCUGCCUCUUCUUCCUGGCCGCCCUGGUCCUCGGCGGCCUGCUGUGCUUCCUGCAUUACUUCCGGCCCCUGAACUGCUUCCUCAUGAGGAACCGUGACAUCACCCAGCAGCCCAUGUCCUAUGACAACCUCACGCAGAGGCUCACAGCGGACGCGGCCCAGUUCAUACAACGGAACGCUAAGACCCCUUUCCUGCUUGUUCUGGCUUUCCUGCACAUGCAUACGGCUCUCUUCUCUUCGAAGGACUUUGCCGGCAAAAGUAAACACGGCGCUUAUGGAGAUGCUGCCGAGGAAAUGGAUUGGAGUGUCGGACAGAUCUUGGAUGUUCUAGAUGAGUUGAAACUGGCUAAUAACACCCUGGUCUACUUCUCCUCGGACCAAGGAGCACAUGUAGAGGAGGUGACUGUCAAAGGGGAAGGUCACGGAGGCAGUAACGGAAUCUAUAAAGGGGGAAAAGCCAACAACUGGGAAGGAGGCAUCCGGGUUCCAGGCAUCCUCCGAUGGCCAGGGGUGAUCCAGGCUGGGCUGGAGAUCGAUGAGCCAACAAGCAAUAUGGACAUCUUCCCGACAGUGGCCAAACUUGCGGGGUCCCCUCUGCCGGAAGACAGGAUCAUCGAUGGACGUGACCUGAUGCCCCUGCUUCAAGGGAGAAGCCAUCGUUCGGAUCACGAGUUUCUCUUCCACUACUGCAACUUCUACCUGAACGCCGUGCGCUGGCACCCACAGAACAGUUUUGCACUGGCACCGAAUGCCCUUGGGAUGUUUACCCGACCUUCUCUCCCGAGCCUCAAAGAAACACAGGCUGCGAAGCUUAGCAUCUUGAAGUUGGAGAACAAAAAGGGUCAGAGCUCGGAGCUUAGAAUCUGCACGUCCAUCUGGAAAGCCUUUUUCUUCACACCCAAGUUCUUCCCCGAGGGUGCCAACGGCUGCUUUGCCACCCACGUGUGUUUCUGUCACGGGCAAUACGUCACCUACCACGACCCGCCUCUGCUCUUUGACAUCUCCCAAGACCCCAGGGAGAGAAACCCGUUAACUCCGACGUCACAGCCCCGGUUUCGGGAGAUCCUGGAGACCAUGCAGGAAGCGGCAGCUCGCCACGCUGAGACCCUGCGGGACGUCCCCAAUCAGCUGUCGCUGGGGAACCUUAUCUGGAAGCCGUGGCUUCAGAUGUGUUGCUCAUCUUCAGGCCUGUUUUGCCAGUGCGACUGGGAGAAGCAGGUUGGGAGAGGAAGCCAUUAGCCACGUGCGUCUGGGGGCGCCCGGGGCCACCCCACCUGCUGCAUCACAGACGAGCUCGGGGAGCGGCACUGAGUGAAGCCAGCCCUGGCAGCUUCCACCCCGGGACUCAGAUCCCUUUUCUCUGUCUUCUCACCUGGAGACGCCAUCAAAACCCCACAUGUACACCCUGGGGGAAAAAUCAGGGUUUGCAGUAAACAGAGGCACAGACAUUAGUCACAUCUUCCGAGGCCAAUGUUAUAUGAAUGCGGUAAGCGGGACUUCAGUGAGUCUGGCCAACACCAGGGCGGACGGAGAGCAGGAAGUUGCACAGGUAACUUGUUCAUCUCUCAGCCAGUGCACGUGAUCCACGACAUAAGGCAUCACUUACUCCACAAGCUGAUGUGACGCUGUGGCCACUUUGAUUCCCCUUAUAGCGCAUCACAAAAAAGAGAAUAAAAUUUAAAGAGUGUUUACUAAAUCUAACACAUGCAACGUUAUAAUGAGUAAAAGACCAUCUUGACCCAUCAUGGAUGAUGGUAAGUUCCAGUUUGGUUAUUGGAAGGCAAUUCCUGUCAGUAUUAUUUGCAAUAAUAUGAAAUACUAUUCGUGAUAUAUAUGUUUAUAUAUAUACAGUUUCUUCGAGAAGUUUACAGUAUUUAGAAUCUUAUCACUAUUUAAGUAAGAGCAAUAGAGGCUCACAGCUCUGUCUGUGCUGCAGCCUUUUGGUGAAAUCCCUCAGGAACAAUAAUGCCAAGAGAAAUCUCUCCUGUACGGAUUUGCAUCCCAUAAUUGGCAGCAUUCUACUUGGGUUCUGCUGUUUCUUUGGUGAACGGAGGUUCUGAACUCAAAGGCCGCUUCAGUGAUGCUGCAGUCCCUGGAAUCCCUUCUAACAGGAUUCAGAAUUUUGGGCAUGUAAAAUGUGCGAUAUUUCAUGGGGGGAGAAAGACACAGGCAAUCCGUCCACGACCCAUACCCAUGAACGUGACAUCUUGAGUUCUUGCAGAAUUUAAUGAAGAGAGAAGGUGGUUCAUGUCCGUACAUACCCGUACACAUGUCCGUGUUUUCUGUGGUCUGAUCCUGUGGCUAAGAAACAUCUAUGCCUCCACCAUGAGAUGUGCAAUUUUGUUUGAAUUCCAUUUCCUGCAACCUCAGUAACGCAGGAUGAGGCAUAACCAGGUCACGUCGGAGACUGGGGGUUAGGGGCACAGCUGGCGAGAGUUCCAACGUCUGAGCCACCAACCCCUCCUGAGGAAAGGAUUCACUUGUGCAGAGAGCACUUAGGUCACCUUCAGGCGCUGAACAUCCUCCAGCAGUAUCAUGCAGAUUCCUUUCCUGAUCCGUCCUCAGGAGCUGUGGUCCGUCUGCCUCCCGUUCAUCUCUUUCGGGAACAUGUCUGAACAUCUGCUCUUGGCUCAGGGUUUUCUCCAUCCCACAAGAGUGCAGGUCAAUGGAAUACCCUACCCCACUGGUACCCUGGCCCCUCCGGGCACUUUGGAGAGAAUGUGUACAGUGUGGCUCAGGCUUUCUGACAGUGGACUCUCAUUUCCUCUGUUUGUCUCCACUGAAGAAUUUCUAAGAUCCAGCAGCAUGUCCCCAGCUCCUCUUUAAGGUCUACUAUUUCAGAUUUUAAUCCUUCUUUUUCUUAAAAAAGAGAAAAGAUUCCCGCCCCCCCCCUCCGCCCACUCCCUGGGAAUGGUUUAAAGUUGGAAAACAAACAGGAUUCUUUCUUUUAAUGCGGAUUUCUCAUUGCAGAAAUUGCCCGAAAUCUGUCACAUUGUUCUAGGAAAUAGUCUCAUGAAAGAAUGCACCAGCAUGUUACUAAUGUGUUAGAAUUAUUGCUAUUAUCAUACAGAAACUAUAUAAAGCCACUUAUGAACUUACGUUGGAAGAUGACCAUGUUUACUCAGAAUUGAACAUACUCAAUGCAGAUGGACUUUUACAAAACAUUUUAUGAUGUAAGAACAUGUGUUUGAGGGUGAAAUAACUUGAAGGAGUUUUAUAGAUGAUGUGACUACAUAGCUUUGUAUAGAAUUAAUCGUUUAAUCUAUACAAUGGUAACAGCCAAUGAAGAAUCCAUAUACCUCUGGAGGUACAAUGAGCUUUAAAGUAUUUGCCUCAGAAUAACUUGGAUCACCCUUAUGUUUCACAGUAUUUGAAAAUCAGGUUUAUUUGUCAUAAUCAUAAUUACCAUAGACUUCAGACCACUUACCAUCUGAAAGUUUUGCUUGGAAUGUACAGCAGGAAAUUGGAAUUCCCAUCGGUGUGGCCUCGAGUUGUAUGCGCAAACCUUAGUGAGUUUUGAAGCUUUAAACAAAUUCUUUUUAAAAAAAACCUGUGUAUUUCUAGCAUUUCGUAGAUGUUAAAGGCUAAGCAAACACUAAUCUAUAGACAGGGCACUAUUUGACAAUGUCAGUAUCACUGCAUGAAAAGCAAAAUCACAACCUACGUAUCGAGGUAAUUAAGGAAUAAAGAAAGGAAACAGAUUUCAGGUAGCCCUGAAGGACAUCCAGUGAAGGGUAAAGAAACAGGAGAAGUACUUGGCAUCUGUCUGAACAAUGCGAUCUGUGAAGUGAUUGCCUCUGUGCAGGUUUCCCAGAACCUUGUCCUGAUGUUAAUGCAAAAUGAAAAUAAAAUUUUC